AUGAUGGAUGGUCUUAUUUUUCGUCUUUUUUGCUUAUUUUCAAUCUUUCAAGCAACGCACCAAACUGCUUACCCUUGUGAUCCAAAUGCUUCAUGUGGUUGUUCGCAGUUUCCUGUUAAUGCAUAUGCUCGUAUUGUCAAUGGAGAAGACGCUGGCUACAAUACAUGGUCUUGGGCAGUAUCUCUAGAAGUAGGAGAUUAUUUAUGUGGUGGAACCAUCAUACAUGAAUCUUAUAUUAUAACAGCGGCUCAUUGUCUCGAUCACAAUUUAAGACCAUCAGAUAUAACAGUUCAUGCUGGUUCAUUGACGAUUAUGGAAGGUACACAAAGAUCAGCAUCUCAAUUCUAUAUGCAUCCAUCCUAUAACACAGCACAGCAUACCAAUGAUAUUGCUUUAAUACAAUUAGAUCGUCCACUGGAUUUAUCAAAUCGUGAUUUGGCAAAAAUCUGUUUACCUAAAAUUGCUAGUACAUCAGAAGAAUAUCCUGUAGCAAGUACUCCAUUAUUAACAGUAGGCUGGGGUACUCUAUCGUCAGGUGGAGAUAUUUCAAGAACUCUACAGCAAGUUACCGUAUCAGCUGUGGGAGCACAGACAACAUACUGUCAAUCUGUUAUUAAAGAUCCAAUGCUACAACUCUGUGCCGGUAUAAUGCCUGGAGGCGGAAAAGAUACGUGUCAAGGAGACUCAGGUGGUCCAUUAAUGAUGUUCAAUUCGAAACAAGAAUGGGAACUGGUCGGUGUCGUCAGUUAUGGUAAAGGAUGUGGUCUACCACGCUUUCCUGGUGUUUACACUCGAGUAUCUUCUUACUUGGACUGGAUCAAUCAAAUAAUUCAAUACAAUUCACCAUCAACUACAACAACCGAAAAAACAUCAACAUUUUCAACAAAACCAACAACUGUUAAUACACAAACUACCACAGAUAUUGUUGAGAAUUCAUCCAAUUCAAUCAAGAUAAACAUUUGUUUCUUUGUUACAAUUUUACUUUUUCUUUUCAAUUACUAG